AUGAAUGAAAUGUCUUCUCGUGUUUUUAAUUUGAUUUAUUUUUUGGGUCGUGAUUAUUCUUUGAAAGCGUGUGAGAUAAACAAAAAUUCUUUUGAACCACUGCGUUGGGCUGCAAUAAUGACGGGGCUUUCAACUGAUUUUGUCGGAAUGAAAGAAAAAAUAAAACUUGGGAAAAAAUUCAAAGAGUACUUGGAUAAAGCAAUUUCAAUGGAGCCGUAUGAAUAUAGUCUCCUUCAUAUGCGAGGCCGAUACUCCUACACGAUCGCAACUUUAUCUUGGUUGGAAAAGAAAGCAGCAUCUGCGCUUUUUGGUGCUGUUCCACAGAGUACUGUGGAGGAGGCCAUUGGUGAUUUGCUUGCGGUUGAACGUUUAAAGCCUGGAAUGUGGAUAGAUAACCUUCUUUUCCUUGCUAAAUGCUAUGCAGCAAAAAAGGAAGAUAACACCGCUUUGAAGUACCUGCAAAUGGCAAAAGACCUUCGACCGGAAAAUGAUGCAGAGGUAGAAUCGCUACGGGAAGUUCAUUCCUUGUUAGAAAGGUAUCAGAAAGUGUAA